AUGUCGUCACGCAAACUAGAUGGCGUUCACUCGCUGAGCGCCAUGUUGGAGAAGCAAUCCCAGGAACCGACUCUUAGCCAACCCAAAAGCAAAUUUGCGCGGAGCACCCAGUCCAAGGCCAAGAACGAGAAGAAAUUCGAUCCUCGCGCUGACGAUUCCGAUGAAGACGAAGACACCAGCAGCAGCGACGGCAGUGAUGACGAUGUCCCGACCGUUCCCAACUUUGUGAACAAGCUCAAUGGCCAGGCUUCGUCGACCAAACCCGCUGGUACUCCUCUCAAGAAGGCCAAGCGCGGCAAGGAAGAUGAGGUCGCCGAUAGCGAUGUCGAACGCAAGACCUCGUCUGCGAAGCCCACUUCCACCAAGAAGGCUCCCGUCAAACCCGAAAGCUCCUCCGAAGAGCCCUCCUCAGAGUCCGAAGCGGAAGCGGAAGCGUCCGACUCCACCGACAGCAGCAGCGAAAGCGAGAGCGAGCCUACCAAGAAACCGGCACCGAAGGCCUCUGCAAAGGUGGCACUCACCAAUGGCGCAUCUACCACCUCUUCGAGCGAAUCCGAAUCUGAGAGUGAAUCGGAGGGCGAAGCUGCAAAGCCCGCGGCCAAGCCCUCUGUCAAUGGCACCAAGGCGGCCAAGCCUGCCUCGACCAGCUCCAGCGAAACAAGCUCCAGUGAGGAGGAAAGCGACGACGAGGAAGAGGAGGAGUCUGAUGACGAGGCCGCCAACAAGUCCGUUGCUGUCACCACCAGACGCAACAGCAAGGACCUUAGCGUUCCUGGUUUUGUCGGCAGGGACUUUGUCCUGAGACAGGCGCAAGGCGAUGAGGAUGGAAAGGAUAUGAACGACUUUUUCGCCAAGGCCAAGCUCGACGGCAAGCAGCUCUGGUACUUCACCGCUCCGGCAUCCAUUCCCAUCAAUGUCGUUGAGAAGCUUCAAAUCCCGAUGGACAAGGCCCAGAACGGCGAUGCCAUCUUCAAGCACAACUCUGAGGACUACACUGUCGGCUUUGACGUGGGUUCAACUGCUGUGCAGCUCCUCAUCCCCAACAAGAAGGGCACUCGCUACGAGCAAGCCUCCCGAAAGGUCGACAAGGUCUUGCAUGUUAAGCGUGUAACUCAGUUGGUUGGCAGCGAGCCCCGCGCACCGAGAUCCAACCAGCCGAACGCUGCACGCCCCCAACCUCCGGGUUUGAGAGCCCGUUUCCACCCUAUCGGUGUCUCUGAUGACACCCCACUGGGCACGAUUGGCUUUGAUGCCUCGUCCGACAGCGAAGAGGAUGUCGACAUGGCGCCCGCUCCCACCUUGCCGUCUAGCUCCAAGAAGUCCAAGCGCGCGUCUACUCAACUCGCGGCUUCGCAAGAUGAUGCCAUGGACAUCGACGAGCCCACACCCAAGAGCGCAAAGAAGGACAAGAAGAAGUCCAAGACCGCCCGAGACCCCGUUCAAGACUCCCAGUCUACCGUCAUUGAAGUCCCCAACUCGCAGCCUCUGCCCUCCAAGAAGGAGAAGAAGAGCAAGAAGCGGCGCGAUAGCAUAGAGUCGAUCUCGAGUGUGGGCUCCAACCCCAAGCCGGAGCUCCUGAAGGGCCAGAAGAGUGCUGUCGCUACCCCCGACCAGUCCAAGAAGGCAUCCAAGCGCAAGUUUCCUGCGGAUGAGGAAGAAACCUCUGCUCAACUGGCGAAGGAGGCUGCCUCAGCCGACAAGAAGGCCAAGAAGCUCAAGCGUGACGCCGAUAGCGCCGCUCAGGAAGCUGGUCAGGCUUCUGCCAAGAAGGUAACGGCUAUUCCUCCACCCACCAUCCCGAAGGCGGGCUUCUCUUUCUCCAACCUUCCUAUUGGAUCCAGCCCGGCCCCUCAAGCCUCGACCCCUCAGCCAAAGUCCAAGUCGAAGAGCUCGAAGAAGUCCAAGGAUGAUGAAUCGGCCAUCACCAGCAGCUCUCAGACCGUCUCAGCUCGCAAGGAAACACCCAUCCAGCCACCCAGUGUUCGCCGCGAGUCCGCCGUGCCCAUCCCCCAGGUCCCUUUCAAGUCUUCUCCCCCAGCUGAGACGCCCAAGAAGGAGAAGCGCAAGCGCAGAAAGUCGGAAAAGACCGAAGAGCCCAAGUCUUCCAAGAAGGAGACUCCGGUUCCGGCGCCAAAGGUCUAA